AUGCAAAAUAUACCGCAUAGAUGGGAACGAUUCGAAAAAAUGAUUAGAAAAAAGGAAAAUGAAGGCCAACAUUUGGCAAGACCAAUAGCUGCUGAAAAAUUUGCAACAGAUACUUUGUCGAAGGAAGAGAAGUUGAAUGAAAUGGAAUUUGAUGUCACCCAAUGGCAGAACACAUUAUGGAUGAAAAGAAAGAAACAUUUAAGAUUUUCGCCAUUUCGUGAAAAUAGUUGUGAAAAGGAGACCGUUGAUGGAAGACUGAAAAUUGAUAUGUGUUCGCCAUUUCCAAAAGAACUACCAGGCGAAGCACUGGACAAAAAGGUCGAGAAAGGAAAUUACUUGGCGAGGCCUGCUGCUGUGUCAAUUGGUAUCGAUAGCCUAGAACUAGUAAGCAUCGUUGUCUAUGGCUAA